CCCGCGGUGUCCGCGACUAGCGCUGUACGAUCAUGUGCGACGAAAACGAAAAUGGUGGUCGACAUGGAGCUGCAGGAGGCCAAGGAUACCGUUCUUCAAUUGAUGAGGGAGAAAGACAGGAUUGAAUCCGAUCUACGAGCGCUGAAGGAGAUCCUAGAUUCCAAUCACAUCGGUAUGGACGAGCCGCUGGUGGACUCCGAGGGAUACCCCAGGCAGGACAUCGACGUUUAUCAAGUGAGGCACACGAGGCACAAAAUAAUAUGUCUUACGAACGAUCACAAAGACAUAAUGAGGAAGAUAGAGGAGGGGUUGCACACAGUUCAUUCUCUAGCGGGCUCGAGCAUGGCCGAAGAGCCAUCGGCCGAUGUACCUGGCGGUCAAGAGACAGAAACGCUGGAGCCUUUCCUCAGAGUGAAUUUGGUUUCACCUGGUUCGCCAGCGGAGACUGCGGGCAUCCAAGUCGAGGAUCUGAUAUUGGAAUUUGGAUCUGUUCAUUGCCGAAAUUUCAAAUCUUUGACGGACAUUGGAAAGCUGGUGGAAAACAGUCGAUACAAGACGAUCAAUGUAAAGAUCAAGCGCGGUUCAAAUGUUACAGUUCUGUCGUUAACCCCGCGCCCUUGGGUCGGCAAAGGCCUUCUCGGUUGCAACGUGAUACCCGUAGAAGUAGUUGAAAGAUAAAAAAAAGUCGAAGAGCAACAUGGAACUAUUUUUUUAGCCCGCACAAACUAUUUUUAUGUAUAUCUUAAUUAAAUGUAUCCUUAAUAAAUGUAUCUUUGUAAGUUAUUACUCUCAAAA